UCCAUUCCUCAGGAUUGGCUUGUGACCCCGCCUCCGGAUUCUACUCCGGAUGUGACCAGUUUUCUAGAGACGGGUGGACUUUUGAAUGUGAGAGAAAUUGAGAUCACCAAUACGUCUGUGGAUGUUUUGUUGGAGAGACUUGCAAGUGCGGAGUGGACAACUGUAGAGGUGACAACUGCGUUCUCCAGGAGGGCUAUUGUUGGCCAUCAGCUUGUCAAUUGCUUGACGGAAAAAUUUGUUGAUCGUGCAUUGGCCCGAGCGGCUGAGCUCGAUGGUCACUUAAAGACAGGGAAGGUCGUCGGUCCACUUCACGGGCUGCCAAUCUCUCUAAAGGACCAACUAUGCAUCGAGGGAGUAGAAAUCAUUAUGGGCAAGCAAUAA